AUGGGCUGUUGUGUGUCUAUAGACGAGGAGGUCGUACGCCCGGCCACACCACGCAAGCCUGAGACUCCUAGAGAGACGAUCAAGAGACAAUCGACUGGUGAUCACCCCGUCGGUUCCUUUAACGAUAUAAUAGGCUCUAGCACCUCCUCAAGCCAGCAUCAGCGCGUUGCCUCGGGAGGAGGCAGUGGAGCCGCGUCUGUAGGAGAGAGCAAGCGAUCAAACGGGUCAGCACCCGGGAGUCAAGUUGGCACGAGUGUUGGUCACUCAGACGCUGGUCGCGUGAUCAUCAGCGUAGGACACCACAGCGGCUCCGGGACAACUGAGCUGAGUAUUGACGCCUCGUUAAGAGAAUUCUCGUUCAAGGAGCUGGAGAAAGCAGCAAAGGGUUUCAGAGACGAUGGAAAGCUUGGCGAGGGAGGGUUUGGGAGCGUGUAUAAAGGGACUAUUGAUGCAAACAAGUCUGGAGGAGGGCAAAAGGUCGCCAUUAAGAUGCUGACGCUGGACGGAACACAAGGGGACCAGGAAUGGAUGGCUGAGGUUCGGUACCUGGGAGAGCUUCGGCAUCCAAACCUGGUGCGGCUAGUAGGGUACUGUGCAGAGGACAUGCAGCGUUUGCUGGUGUAUGAGUUCAUGGAGUAUGGCAGCCUCGAGCGAUACCUCUUUUCGCGCACCCGGGACCCAUUGCCAUGGGACAUUCGCAUGAAGGUGGCACUGCAUACUGCUCGCGGCCUUGCAUUCCUGCAUGAAGAGACGGAGCCGCAGGUCAUCUACCGGGAUUUCAAGACAUCCAACAUCCUCGUGGACAGGGAGUUCAAUGCGAAGCUGUCUGAUUUUGGGUUGGCAAGGGAUGGGCCCCAGGGAGGCAACACACAUGUGUCCACACGAGUCAUGGGCACAUUCGGCUAUGCUGCCCCCGAAUAUGUGCUCACCGGCCACCUGACAGCCAAGUCGGACAUCUACAGCUUCGGCGUGGUGCUGCUGGAGAUCAUUGCCGGGCGCAAAGCCAUGGAGCAGCAGCUGGUCCGGUCAGAGCAGAACAUCAUUGACUGGGCGCGGCCCUACUUCCGUGACCGCUCCCAACUGCCACGCCUCCUUGACAAGCGCAUUGUGGCAGCCGCCCAGGCCAAGCAGCAGCCCAUGCCGCUGGCUAAAGCGGUGGCGAAGGCGGCGGUGAUUGCGCAGUGCUGUGUGAAGGUGGAGCCCAAGGAGAGGCCCGCCAUGUCUGAUGUGGUCAGGUCCUUGGAAGCUGUGUUGCAAAUGUCUGUGCCUGCUGCACCUCCUGCUGGAGGCACAUAG